ACAAUAUUUAUUUCCUUUCACAGAAAUGUCCCGAGUCUUAGUAACCACUGUUUGUACAAAUCUUUGGAUGAAAGGAAACGUAAGGGUUCAAGGCUCUUAUUAUAUACUGCUUGUUACACUUUAUAACAGAUGUCAUCACAGUAGGUAGGAAUUAACAUUCCAAAGCCCAGAGGGUGGAUACCUCUUCAUUCCCAUAUAUAUAAAACUCAUCGAGUAACCUGCCUCAAAGCAAGGCCGACUGAAAACAGGUGAGUCUGAAUCCAUUCAGAGUAGAUAUUCAGGGGAAGAAGCCUUGACUUUUGCUUUGAUUUACUGUUUUGUUAUUAUUGCAGUUGUUGUGCUGUUUCUACUUAAGGCUUGCAAUGGUUUCUGUGGUGGGACAGAAAACAAAAUGGUUGAUAACUUGAAAUUUUAUAUGGCAAUUUUCUGCACGUAGGAGCAGCUACAAAUCAUAGUGCUAGCUGGGGCCCCAUAUGGACUUGCCAUUGAAUUAAGAGUUAUUGAGUCAAGCUGUGCUGAUCCAAUAUUCUAUUCUUGCAAAUAGAAUCACAGAAUCGUAGAGCUGUUUGAGUUGGAAGGGACUCUGAGGGGUAAUCUAGUCCAAUUCCCUCACAAUGAAUAGGGACACCUACAGCUAGAUCUGGUUGCUCAGAGAAAUACUCAAUGUUAGGGCUCAACCUGAGCUCAGGCAGUGGGUUUGGCCUCCUGAAUAAGCUCUCUCAGGGCACUGGAGUCUUUCAGAUGACGUGGAUGGACUGUUUGUGUUCAAACAUCCAUGCGGUCUAGUUUACAGUAGAAAUAACUAUUAGGCUGGAGAAAAGGACAAGCCUUAUUAAAAUCAAUAAGGCAUUUUCAGGUGUUAAUAGCAUUGCAGAAGGAUUGCCUGCAAGGGCUGUGGCAUUGUUUUGUACUUAAAACCCUCUUGGGGAAAAAAAAAGCAUUUGUAAGUUGUAAAACUGCAUGGUUUUAACGCGCUCUGCAGCAAGGCAAUCGAUGUUUUUUUUUCCAGUCAAUAGCUAUUAUCUGAUGAUAUUUUGCAUUUUUAUUGAUAAACACAAGAGGCAUUUAUUACUGAAGUGAUUAUCUGCCAUUAUCAUGCACCUGAAUAUAUGCAGAGGUUUUACUGUAUCAGCAAAUGACAGGCCAAAACAUCCCUGCUGACAAUGGCUACCAGCUUAGUGCUUCCCUCUCGAUCUGAUAAUGAUGGCACGGUGGUACUCCUUUGGAGGAGAUGUCCCUCCAAACCAUCCUGAAUAAGUAGGAAAUAAGCAAGUGGGGCUCCCAUCUCCUCCCAUGACCACACUCUGAAGCCAGUGGGUGAUGGGAAGGAACAGGAGAGCUUUUGCCGUGCAUACUUUCUUCCAGGGCUGCUGAAUAUCAGCUCCAACUUCAUGUUGUGUUUUCAGGUGUCCUGGAGCAGCUGAGGAGAGCCAUCGCCAUGGUCACUGCGCUGCUUUUGCUGGGCCUUUCGGCCCUGUUUGCUCCAUCUAUGAGCUACAGUUGCUAUGGUGAUAUCAGUGCUCUUCAAGCACCCACAAUUUCCUGCACAGCCGUAAGAGCUCAGGACUGCGGCCCUGCUGCUCUGAGGAGGACGGUGGAAGCGGACGUCAUUCGCUUGAGGAAAUACGAGGUGCCCAUUAAAAGAGUGGCCAGAAGGCUGUGCCUGGACCCGGCGCUCAUUGCUGCCAUCAUCUCUCAGGAGAGCCGUGCCGGCCUGCUGCUGAACAAUGGCUGGGACCAGGGCCAGCAGCGGUACGGCCUGAUGCAGAUUGACAGGAGGUAUUAUCAGCCCUUUGGGACGUGGGACAGUGAGGAGCACAUAAACCAGUGUUCGAGCAUGCUGGUGGCAGGAAUCAACGAAGUGAGGGCAAGGCACCCUGCCUGGAGCUGGGACCAGCAGCUGCGAGGGGGAAUUUGCACCUACCAUGCAAGAGCCGGCAACCUCCAGAUCUAUGAUGAAGACCCCUGCAGCAGAGACAACAACUAUGUCAACAGUGUGAUCAGCAGGGCCCAAUACUUCAAGAGAAAUGGGUUCUAGCUCAGUGACCCCCUGCCACCAAGCCUCCGCUACAUGUAGACUAGCCCAGUAGCGACACUAGUACCCAGAGCCUCCCAGGGACCUGGCAGGACUGAUGUGACUCACAGGGACAACACACCACAAUCUGGAGGCCUUUAGAAUUCAGAUAGUGACAUCCAAGUGAUGCUAAAAUGUUGGGUGAGGACGCUCCUUGUAUCAGGAGCUGAACCUGGGGCUGUUCAUGCAUCUCCAAGGUGUGGAUGCAAACAGCUCUCCCUCAGCAUGGGCUGUGCUGCCCAUGUUCUCUCCUACAAAUAGGAGGGAUAACUCCUUGAGUUUUCUCCCCUUUGAUAGUGCUGGCCACUUCCCAAUGAAGAGGCUCCCCUCUGAGUCUUCCAUCACUCCAUACACACCUGUCACAGUAUCAGUGCUGGUAACAACCUCAACACCUUCCCUGCUUUGCCUUCGGAGCAUUUGUGCUAGAACUUGCCAAGUUUAAAAGCAUUCCAGCUUCUGUCCCUCUGUCCUGCCAGUUUGCCUGACUUAUUAGGAAUAGGUAAGCUCUGGGUUUGUAAACUGUUUGAAAGUACUUUUUAAUGUGGAUGGUUCUGGGUGCAAAUUUAGGUUUACUGGCAAUCAAAAUAAAGAUAAAUGUUGAAUUCCAUUUUUUUUGUUUGCUUGGCAAUGUAUUCAUCUUUGUUGUUUCACAAGGCAUGGUCAGUGGCAACCUGUGACUUAGGUAAUUAGCCCAAUUUGGGACUUACUGAGAACAGAAAGAAGAAAACUGAGCAGCAGAGCAGCAGUAGGAAGAGCUGGGCUGGGAGACAGGCACACAGCAGCCCAGGACAAGGAAAUAGGGACAUUCAUAUUUAGCCUUGCUCACCACUGAUGGUUGGACUAGACGGACUGUUAUGAAUGGACUAGUGGUCUUCUCCAAUCUUAAUGAUUCUAUGAUUGUUUGAGGGGCAGCAGGGCAUAUUCCUGGCAGCCGUCACCAGCUCUGAUGCAGAAACUGCAUCUCACAGUCACCAUCCAGGAGGGCUGGCACAGGCACUGUGAAAGCUGACUUGGAGACAGCCUUUGCAAGCUGAGCUAUUCCAGUGCUUUGCACUUUGGUUUCCUGUGGUCUCAUCAGUCACUCACCUGCUUACCAUCCCAGCAAGGAUUGUGUGUAAGUGAAAUAUUUGCAGGCAGUUUUACAUUUACAAUUUCUGGAGGCCAGAGGGAGCUAUAGGACAUUUCUAACAUUACUGUGUUUUGUUUUGUUUUAAAACUCCAGGAAACA